AUGAGGCUUCACUCGCUUACAGCCUCCUUGUUGGCGGUUGCCGUCCAGGCGAACCAUCAGCAUUUGCAUCAGAGAGAUGUUCUGCCUCGCGCAGUCAUCGCAGUAGGGCCCAGCGGCGUCUGCCCGGUCCAGCCGGACAUCACCAUCAUCGUGCAGCCUGUCUACAACGCCAGUGCUACGAGUAUCUCGUAUGUGACGGUCACCAACACCGCCACCCUCACCCAGACACCCCCGCCACCGGUCACGACCACCUUCACACCUCCCUUCACCGGCGGUCAGGGUCUUCCGAGCGGCCCGACCGACAACUUGGCAGACUUCUUCUUCCUCGCCUUCAGCACUCCUGCAGCGGGUCCUGUCAUCAAGAGAGAUUAUGACCUGGAGCGCCGACAAGCCCCUGCGCAGAACACCGCCAUUCCGGUCAAGCUGGUUGACCUCUCAGUUGCUACUCCCGGUGCGCCCGCCCAGGCAGCAGAUCGAUGCGAUGGUGCUACGCCCUUCAACUUGAUCAAUGGUGUCCUGAACUUCCGACAGGGCGGCCAACUUGUAUCUGUUGGUAAACUCCGGGGUGCUGAGAGUGCCAUCCUUGGCUCGCUCAUCAACCCUCCCAACGAUCAAGUGAACACCUCGUUCAGCGUCAACAGCGCUCUCCUGAACUGGAACGCCCCUGAUCAGGGUGCGGCCAGCUUCUUCAGCUGCGCUCAACAGAUUUAUGCUGGCUUUCCCGCACUAGACUUCGAUGCGGCAGCUUGCACGCCCGUGCUUGUCGCUCCUGUCGCUGGCGCCGUCUGCGUGUCAUAUGUCACCUCGUCCCGUCCGGCCGACCCUACAUUCACCCCCCCAGUGUCGCCAACUUCUUCGACCUCGGUGACUUCUGCUACAGUCACCUCGACCAGUGCCUCCACCGUCACAGAUUCCACGAGCACUUCCACCGACUCCACGAGCACGUCCACCGAUUCCACCUCAUCGCAGUCUAGCAGUGCAACCACUGAGUCUACCAGCUCAUCGUCGGGUACUUCAGGUGUCCAGUCUACUACCUCUACUAUUACUUCAGAUGUCACCAGCGUCACUACCUCGAGCAUGACCAUGACCACGACAUCCGCCGGUCUCGACGUCUGCCUGCCCAACCCCUGCCAACUGCUCAACGGCCUGACUGGUACUGCUUUGACCACACAACUGGGUCUGUGUCAAGCUUCUCUCGGCGAUAUCCUGAACACCAACCUGCAGGUCGCUGCCUGUAUCCCGCUUACGAUCCUCGGCACUACGUCCGGCACUGACAUCGCUAACUGCAUCAGCGUUGGUCUCGGUUGCCCAGCCAACCCCUCGACGACUGCGACCACAACCAGCGGUCUGAUCCCCGACCUACCUCUCUGCAUCUCUGUCCUCCCACAGACGUGCUUGAACCUCAAUGGGCUUACCACUUUGCAACUCGCCGGACAACCAGGCCUCAUCACAAGCUGCAAUGCUAAUCUACUGGCCCUGCUCGACCCUAGCCAGUUGACUAGCGUCACCACCUGUCUCACUACCAACCUGCUUGCUGGGGGCUCCGGGAUUGUUCAGUGCUUGCAGGGAACUGUUCUGUGUGCUGGCUCCUCAACAACCGCCCAACCAAGUUCCACGCCAUCUCCCAUUCUCGAUCUACCACUCUGCAUCUCUGUUCUGCCUCAGACUUGCUUGAACCUCAACGGGCUCACCACUCUCCAACUUACUACCAACCCAGGCCUUAUCACGAGCUGCAAUGCCGAUCUGACCAGCCUGCUCGACCUCACUACCUUGACUGGCGUCACCACCUGCCUCACCAACAACCUUCUGGCAGGAGGAUCUGGUCUUGUCUCUUGCUUGCAAGGAACAGUCUUGUGCGCAGGAUCCUCAACAACAGUUCAACCAAGUGCGACACCAACUCCGCUGAUUCCCGACCUGCCACUCUGUAUCUCUGUCCUCCCUCAGACCUGCCUGAAUCUCAACGCACUGACCAGUCUCCAACUUCUCGGCAACCCGGGUCUCGUCACGAGCUGUAAUGCUGACCUGGAAAGCCUCCUCAACCUCUCUGUGCUGGGUUCUGUCACUACCUGCCUCACCACCAAUCUGCUCGCAGGAGGCUCAGGUCUCGUCCAGUGUCUGCAAGGUACAGUCCUCUGCACCUCGUUCACGACGUCCGCAGCAUCUGCCACGACCGCUUCGGCCACCACUACCUCCACACCUCCGCUCCUGCCCUCAGGCCUGCCAGACUGCCUCGUCGCCAGCGCCAUCCCCCCGGCCUGUCUCAACUUGAACGGCCUGAACGUCAACCCGGCCGACGUGCUCAACGCCGCCGGCCAAUUGUUAGCCCUGAACACUGGCAUCGCCCAGUGCUUGACCGACCUGACGACCUCGGGCCUGGGCGCCACGGCGCUCAACACCCUCACCACGGCCAGCUGCUUGGUGCCCCAGGCCCUCGGUGCCAUCCAGGGCGCGAAUAUCCUGACUUGUGUGACCAACGCUGUGGGCUGCGGACCGUGA